CGGCGGUGUGAAGUCCGUUGCCGGCUCGCGGGACUAGUGUGAGAGAAUUUUGCGUCUUUGGCCGACGAGACCCGAGUAUAUCUUUAUUUGAGGCACUCUGAGGAUUCAACUCUGAAUUAGCUGAUGCUAUCCAGCAUUUCCCAACAGGUCAUGGAAGGGACACCAGAAAGGGAUAACAUGGGGCAAACAGUGAAUGAAGAUUCGAUGAAUGUCAAGGAGAAUCAAGAGAAAACUCCUAGCUCAAGCACAUCUUCUGUGCAAACUGAUGAUUUCAUUUGGGACAAUUACUUGAAAGAGACUGGAUCAAUAAUUGCUCCUUCAGAGUGUUUCAGACAGUCUGAGAUUCCACCAACUAAUGACUUCAAAGUUGGUAUGAAAUUGGAAGCCCAUGACCCUCGCAAUGUUACUUCAGUAUGUAUUGCUACAGUUGUUGGGAUUACUGGUGCCAGAUUACGUUUGAGACUGGACGGGAGUGACAAUCAAAAUGAUUUUUGGAGACUUGUCGAUUCCCCAGACAUACAGCCUAUUGGAACAUGUGAAAAGGAAGGGGAUUUACUUCAACCUCCCCUGGGGUACCAGAUGAAUGUGUCAUCUUGGCCAAUGUUUCUUUUACGAACCCUAAGUGGAUCUGAGAUGGCACCUGCAGCAUUGUUUAAGCAGGAACCACCAAGGCCAGCCCUGAAUAAUUUUAAAGUGGGAAUGAAACUCGAAGCUGUAGACAGAAAGAACCCUUAUCUGAUCUGCCCUGCAACUAUUGGAGAUGUUAAAGGAGAUGCAGUUCAUAUCACAUUUGAUGGCUGGAGUGGAGCUUUUGAUUAUUGGUGCAAGUAUGAUUCUCGAGAUAUUUUCCCAGUUGGGUGGUGUCAACUGACAGGAGAUAUAUUGCAACCACCAGGCAAUAAUGGUACCCGGCGUUCAAUGCAGUCUCCACAGAAAGCUGCUCCAUUAUCACCAACACAGCCAAUCAGGAAAACAAGUCGGAUUAAACCACCUGGACCUACUUCAGUCCCCAAGAAAGGCAGUUCUCUUAAAAAUCCCACAGCAAAGAAAAAAGGCCUAAACUCAGGAAAAAAGGAAAAAAUUCUUCCUGCUCUGUGUUCUACAUCUACAGCUUCUUUAUCUUCGCUGACCAGAGGCCGUGGCAUUCCAUAUGAUGCCAUUCCUGGGUCAACUAAAAUAGUGAUGUCUACAGUCUGUGUCUAUGUAAACAAACAUGGAAACCCUGGCCCUUACCUGGAUCAGAAGAAAAUCCAGCAACUGCCUGACCACUUUGGCCCAGGUCCUGUGAAUGUGGUGCUCCGGCGGACCAUACAAGCCUGUGUGGAUUGUGCCCUUCAAACUAAGACUGUUUUUGGAUUCCUUAAACCAGAUAAUCGUGGAGGAGAAGUAAUAACUGCCUCCUUUGAUGGGGAGAAUCAUUCUGUCCAGCUCCCCCCAGUGAAUAGUGCAUCAUUUGUUCUUCGCUUUCUCGAGAACUUCUGCCACAGCCUGCAGUGUGAUAACCUUUUGAGUAGCCAGCCUUUUAGUUCUUACAAGGGUAAUACUUCUAGCCCUGCAGAGCAUGAUAAAAAUAAAUCAGUCAUCGACAGUGGUGACUCAUGA